AUGGUUCAGAUAAUCCUCAACAAGCUCAGUUCACAGACCGUUACUUCCAUUGGUGGAAGUUCAGCUACAGUAUAUGAUUUUUUAGAAGUCUUUCUCAGCGCCAUAAACGACUUCCACACAUUCUUGCCUCACCUCAACAUUAAGCGGAGAAGGCGUUACCGAUCUGGGGCCUCAAUCAAUGUUGCACCUACGUCUAAUUCGUCUGGUCAAAUUCGUAUUCCUGCUCAUUUCCUCAGGGAUCUUGAGAUGGGUUUAUGUUCGGUCGAUGUCGCGAAGUUUCGGCCGGCAUGUGUCGCCUUGGCUGUACUCCGACUUCACUGUACGGAGAGUGAAGUCAUCACAAACCCCUCAAAGUGUGUUCAAGCAGAACAUGAGGAACCGAGGAUCCGCCUCAUUGACCUGUAUAGUCUCGCCAACCUCUGUCAAGUAACUUGGCCCGAUGUAGAGGAUUGCGCAUUUGCAAUCAAGAGUAGCAAAGGUGCAAGUGCUGUCAAGAGUUCUUCAGAGUGUCCUUGCUUGAAUAGCUCAUCCCAAAUGGUAUGGAACCUUUCAAGAAAGACCCAACGCAACUUGAGAAUCUCGCGUACAAGGCGCGUGCGGUUACUACCAAUUGCCGAAGAAUCGACUAAUGACUCCGUCAUUUGCGAAGAUGACACGGAAUCCAUGUUGUCUGCCGUCGAUAAUCUACGACCUAUUGAUACUGGGAUUCGACAUAAAAGCCCAUCAUCGUUUCUGCCUCCUGAAGCAUUUAUUGUUGCGCCUUUGUCCAAUAUCUCGAUUGCUUGUCUUUCUCAGAAUGCCGAAUUACUUAAUCAUUCCCCAGCCGACCAAAAAUACUAUCAGAACCAAUCUUGUGUUCAAAGUAUCGACAAUUUUAGAUGUUAUAACAAGGCGACAAGCCCCAAACCACCUCAGUAA